AUAAAAUUUAAUUUAGAAUUAACUUUUAAUUCUUUAAUUUUAAUAUAAUUAACUAAAAGAUUUAAUUAAUUAUUUGCAAUUCUGCUGGCGUGAUGACAAUUUUACAGAAGAAAUUGAAAGAGCAGAAAAGCCGCGCGUUUCCCGAGGCAUUAUAACGCAUGAUCAAGGCAGAGACGGAGAACCAAUGAGCUUUAAUCUCGACUGCUGCCCGCUACGCCUGGCUGCGCCGCUGCUAUUGCUAUAUCGACACGUGUUCUCUCUGGUUCUCUUUAAUUAGUUCUCUUGUUAUAAUUAGUUCUCAUCUUACGAAACACGCGGUUUUUCUGUUUUUCAAUAAAUUUCUUUGGAAUUCAACCAUCGUGAGUGCCGCAAGAGAUCGCAGAUCGAAGAUUUUCGGAAGAUUUCCAGAAGGUUCAGAAAAGUUUUCCAGGAUUUCCAGAGGAUUCUGAAAAACUUUCCAGGACUUCCAGAGGAUUAAAAUUCUGAAGAAAAAUUUUUGAGAAAUUUUUGAGGAAAGCAAGCAGACACCAGGAUAAUAAAAUAUAAGUCUCUGUACAUUUCUGGGCUUAUCAAAGUUCUUGAAACAUCAAUAUAUAUGUCACAAAAGAAUAUGAAAAAUCGUCCCCAACGGGCAAUACACAAACCACGACGAUAUAAAACAACAUCUUCUGAGGAGGCUGAUUCAAGAAAAAAGACAAUGGUGGAACCACCACCAAAUGGUCUAUUAGAAAAGGAUGUCAUCGAGUUGCGAGAUAUAUUAGAAAAUCAUUCUCCCGAUAUGCGUGCUCAAAAUAAUUCAUUCACUUAUGAACACUCGUUCAUUGAUCAUACCAAACAUGUUAGUGACACAUCACAUGCCAGUGACACAACGCAUUUACAAACUUACACGCAACCAUUAACUGUCAGUCACACGACACAAGCAUUCUGUUCUAGUGUUGCAUCACAUUCGCAAACUUACACACAACCAUUAACUGUCAGUCAUACGACACAAGCAUUCUGCUCUAGUGUUGCAUCACAUUCGCAAACUUACACACAACCAUUAACUGUCAGUCAUACGACACAAGCAUUCUGUUCUAGUGUUCCAUCACAUUCCCAAACUUAUACACAACCAUUAACUGUCAAUCACACAACACAAAAACUUUGUUCCACUGUGACAUCACACUUGCAAGCUUAUAAACAACCAUUAUCUGUUACUUACACAACACAAGACCUUCCUAUGCAUAAUAACUCACAAUUAUUGUCCCAUGCACAACAAAAUUUGCAUCUUAAUCAUACAACACAACCAUUCACACACGAACCACGUACAUCUGUCGCUACUUAUACACAACACGUAGACAACAGAUUGAAUACACCACAUGACGAAGAUAUUCAAUCAAUACAUGGAAUAAUGGAUCUACUAGUUGCAGAAAUUCAAGGUGGGCACAGUUGUACUAUGCAUAACUGUCCAAAUAUUUCGGGACGAGUACCUGGGUUAAGCUUUUUUCGUUUCCCGAAAGAUGAAGAAAGAUGUAAGUUAUGGUUAAAAAAUUGCGGACGUACAAUUGAAGUUCCAACAGAGAAUUUAUAUAAAACAUACCGAGUUUGUGGAAAUCAUUUUGAUUCUACGAUGUUCUUAAAUGAUUUGAAGAAUCGCCUUCAAUCACACGCAGUUCCAAAACUUGCAAUAAAUUUAAACAUAGAAAACGAAAAUAUGGUACUCAAGUACAUAACUCUUGAAACUCAAGUACAUAACUCUUCAUUAAUUUCUGAUACUCAGUUAUAUUCUCCAUGUAAUGUUACAGAUCAGGAUGUAAACAUUAUUAUAGAUCAAGACGAUCAAGACAAUCGAAGAAAUCAAGAAGUACAAACUGAACAAUCAUCUAUUAGACAAGAGAAGAAAAUAAAAACAGAUCGCAUAUUAUCUAUUCAUUCACCGCGAAAAACGAAAUUGAAAAAGAAAAUCCAUUUAUUACAAAGAAAAUUACGAAAAGUUAAGGAACAAUUAAAACAAAGAAAGCAAGUUAUACAAAGAACAGUAAGAAGUUCUCUCUGCCAGAAUAUUGUGAUGCAACAGAUCAAUUACUACCACCGUCUAUUGCGACUUUUGUGAAAGCUCAAGUCUAUCUAACUCAAAAACCGUCAAAGGUAACCAAUUUCAAAGAAGUAUGAUAUUUGGAGGGUAAAUGUUCAAUUACCAAUUUCAAGAAAAUAUGAUCAUAUUUAGGGCAUGAAAUGGUAAUCUAUGCAGAAUAUUUGUUAAUUAACGACUAUUUUCACAGCAUUAUUUCUCGUAAAAAACUGAAGUAAAAAGUAUUAAAAAUGUCGAAACGUCAAUAGUUUACAAAAUAUAAGCAAUGGAAGAAAACAAGAUUUUUCACUAACAAUACUUUGGUCAAUCAAAUAAAUAAACAAAACAAUUUUCGUUAAUUAAUUUUAAUUGAUUUUUUUGUAAUACAAUUUUUAUUAAAAUGGCUCAAAACUUGUUGAUAAAAUUUUUUAUGAAAAAUAACGCUAUGAAAAAUAGUGUGUUUUAAUUAACAAUAGCCUGCAUAUGUAUAGUUACUUCAUUCAAGUUUAAUAAUACGUUGAGUAUUUUAAAUCGAUUGAAAGUAAAUAAUACAAGAAAUAAGUAUUAAACGCCGUUCAUUCGAGUUCAUUCACAAAAUCCAGUAGAGCAAUGGCAAAUUCUUAGUUAAUAGUUCACUGAUAAAGGCGGAAAACUUUUGCAUAAUUAUAUAAGUGUAUGUAUAAAGAAAUUAUUUUCUUUGAUUAAUUCAUUUUCUUACACAUUUGCUUACGAACCAAUCAAUUUCUUUAUGCAUAUAAACUUAUGCAAAAGUUUGUGCUUUCGUUCUAAUGACUCAUAUAUAGCCGAAAAGUGUUCACAUUGGUAAUGAUUCAUAUAUAAGCAUCAUAUAUAAUUCUGCCCAUUUUCAACGGAUUUGCAUUAAUCUUAAUAUAUUCAUAUUUUUGCGAUCACUGACUAUGAAUCCAGCAUUAAAUUUAAAAAAUUAAUUGAAAACAUUUUGAAACAAAUAUGUUAUACUUGGAUGCAUUUCCUCAAAUAAAUUAAAAUUAAAUUUUAUUUACAAAUUAAAUCAAACUUAUGUCAUAAGACACAAUAUUUUAUGGUUUUAAAAUUUUAUAUACAAUAUAAUAUUUUUGAAAUAAAAUGAGUUUGUGUCUGUA